UGUUACCUAAGUGUGUAUUUAGCCUCUCUGUUUCCUCAGCUCUUGUUGAGCUGAGGAACUCAGUGUUCUACCUUCUCCUGCUUCGCGUGGUUCCCUUGUCUUUUCAUUUGGACAUUUUGGAUUUGGACUUUCUUGGACAUUUAAAUCCUUAAGAGAUGCAAAAAGUAUGCCUGUGCGUUGUCUGUUUCAAGGAACCCUUCGGCAGCUGUUUCAAGGUCUCCCCGCUAACCAGCAGGAGUCACCAUUGCAGUGAUCAGGGCAUCAUCUCCACCAACGCGUCUGAUCAGGUUAUUGACCCGGGAUCAAUGCAGUGUGGUCAGCAGAGAUACAGCCGAAACGUGUAGUCUUGCAGUCAUGUCUGCCUGUCAUGUCAAAGGAAGGAUUCUAAAAAGGAACAAGGAAGACAUUCCGAUCUUUGGAUCCUUGAAGUCCGACAGGAAGGUGACGACCAUUUCUCUCAAGUGAAAGAACCUCCAUCUACGCAGUGUGAGGCUCAGCUGCUACCCAGGCUCAUCAGCAACAAAUCCUUUUUUGGCGUGCCCACUGGGAAACCUGAAAGAGUGGAGGUGUGUGUUAUCUGCCAGUCACUACUACACUGUGGACUUCUUCUUUUAUAAAUCAACAAAAAAGUGAACUUGACAUCUGGCUGAACUUUCAUCAAAGACGGAAAAAAAGAGGGAAAAGGAGGCUCUUCGGUGUGGUGGAAGUGAAGUAGCAGGCGUGGAAGCAGCGGCACAGCAGUCGAGGGCAGGGCGGCACAACGAAGGGAACGCUGCCUCGGAGCGCGCCGCGCGUACCGAAGGGACGCUGUGAUUGACAGACGGAGGCACGGAGCGUCCCGCGCGGCAACACGAGCGGAGCAAGCUAAUCUCCGAGUAGGGCUACCACUUUCGUCAAAGGCAUCUCUGUGAUACGCCAGCAAGAGCUGCCUGGUGCGAAUAAAGGAGGCUCUUAUCCAUCCUCUGGGAUCGGAAUAUCGAGAGACUUCUCGCCGGGUAAACGAGCAAGAGAGGAGCGCGGAAGCUCUGUGAUACACCAUCCCAUCCUGUCUUUACCUGCUCGGGUGCAACUGGACUGAGUCUGGGCUAACCCUGGAGUCUCAAAGUGUCCCGGGAACGGCAGUGGACGGACAAAAUGGUCCGGUUGCACUUUGCAAUUUGAGCCAGUGAAGAAUUUCUCGAUUCAUUCUUAUGGAGUAAAAAGGACUGCAUCCAAAGAUUCCGGGAUAACUUGGGAGUUAAUUUUUCCUUUUUGUUCAGUCCAUUAUUACUGUGAUUUGAAUGACAAGUUACAAACACUGGAUCUUUGAAUACAGUUUGAAUUCCUCCGGAGUGGAAUAACGGCCAGAUAAGCAGGAGACACUCGGGAGGAAUUUUGGUGCGUAAUUCGCGCGUUGUGUGCGGUUGCUGAGCCGCCAAGUAGUUGUGCCUCCCUUCUUUUUUACAAUACAAACACCCAAUGUUCCUUAUGGAGUAGUCUGAAUCACAGGUGAAGACCCAAAGAGAGCUGGGGUUUUUAUUCUCUGCUGCCUGGAACACACAGGCGGAUCUGAUGAGCAGCUUCACCGUAGGAUGGUAAAUGACCGAUGGGGAAUCAUGAACAGCUCUUCUGAACUCGAAGAUGGCACUCGGCAUAAAAACCAGACGUUCUGUGAGUGUGUGCCCAGCUCCUCCCAGCUCAAACACCGCUGGUCAGACUCAGAAACUGCCAGGGAGACCCCGGCCAAGAGGAUGAGCUGCAGCUACCUUCUCUGCACCAUUCUGCUUUUCGUGGCUGUAUUACUGGCCGUCACCGUAACAGGCACCAUCCUUUUUAUGAAUCACUAUCAGGCCCCGCCCAUGUCCGAUGGCCUGCCCCACAUCUCCACCAAUCAGGAUGAAGCGAAUGCCCUGGUCACCGUGGAAAGAGGAGACGGAUCUCGCAUCAACAUCUUCAUAGACCCCAACUGUCCCGACUACAACAGUAACUUUUUGCGCCUGGAGGGAGUGCAGACGUCGCUGCUGCACUCUUUAACCGACCAUGACUCUGACCUGAAGUCAGUGAAGGGUCAGGACCGGGCCCUCCUCGUCAGUCUGGCUGAGGAGGUGGCCAAGCUGUCGGCCCAUGCCGGGCAGCUGAAAAUGGACUAUGAGUCCCUACGGAGGGGGCAGGGAAGCCUGGGGCAAGACCUGAACACGCUGCAGACUGAGCAGAGACGACUCAUACAGCUGCUGUCAGACAGCCAGCUCAACAUGGUGAAGGUAGUGAACUCAGUGAGUGAUGCUCUGAACGCCAUGCAGAAGGAGAAUGUGGGCCUGAAGGCGCGGGUCAAGGCCGACCUACAGAGGGCGCCGGUCAGAGGGGCUCGUCUCAAGGGCUGCUCCAACGGCUCACGGCCCCGUGACUGUGGUGAUCUGUAUGCCAGUGGUCAGAGAGAGGACGGCAUCUACUCCGUGUUUCCUGUUCACCACCCUGCAGGCUUCCAGGUCUACUGCGACAUGACGACAGACGGAGGAGGCUGGACGGUGAUCCAGCGCAGAGAGGACGGCUCGGUCAACUUCUUCAGAGGAUGGGAGUCGUACCGUGAGGGAUUUGGAAAGAUCACUGGCGAACACUGGCUUGGGCUGAAGCAGAUCCAUGCCCUGUCCAUCCAGGCCAACUAUGAGCUGCGUAUCGAUUUGGAGGACUUUGAAAAUAGCACCGCAUACGCACAGUAUGGUACCUUCGGAGUGGGCCUGUUUUCCGUGGACCCAGACGAUGACGGAUACCCUUUGACUGUGGGAGACUAUUCCGGCAACGCAGGCGAUUCCCUACUGAAGCACAACGGGAUGAAGUUCACCACCAAGGACCGGGACUACGACCACUCAGAGAACAACUGCGCCUCCUUCUACCACGGCGCCUGGUGGUACCGCAACUGCCACACAUCCAACCUGAAUGGGCAGUACCUGCGCGGCCAGCACACCUCGUACGCCGAUGGCAUCGAGUGGUCCUCCUGGACCGGCUGGCAGUACUCACUCAAGUUCUCCGAGAUGAAGAUACGACCUACGCGCGACGGAGAGAAUAAAUGAGGGGAAAAAAGGAAGAGGAAAAAACUUUUUUGGAACAUUACAAACCACGAUUUCCGACAGCUAGGCGGAGUUACUUGUCUUGAUAUUGUUCAUUCACUAAAACGUACAGUACCUCUUUGAGUUGACUCUGCUGUUUGCCUCCUCAUGUCUCCUCCCCUUUAUCGCUCUUCCUCCUCCUCAAUUAUUUGGCUUCUCCUUUCAUGCUAGCUUCCAAUACCCCUCCCCCUUGCCUGGACUAAGAUAUCAUCACCAUCUUCCCUUUUUUUUCUGAUUCGACUAUUGCAGCAGAUGGCUGUCCACCGCUGAGUCCGGUCCUGUUUGAGGGUUUCUACCUGUUAGACGAAAGUUUUUUUCCACUUAAACCGAUGCAGCUAAUAGUUAUCCAACAAGGAGUCUGUUCCUGUUCAAGUUUAUACCUGUUAAGGAAGUUGUCUCUAAUUGAGCCAAUGUGGCAGAUGUAGAUCCACAGUUGAAUCUGGUCUUGUUCGAGGUUUCUGCCAGUUAAAUUAAAGUUUUUUCUAAUCCCGCCAAUGCCGUAGAUGUUGGUCCCCUAAUGAGUCUGGUCCUGUUCAAGGUUUCUAUCUGUUAAAUAAAAGUUGUUUUUGAAUUUAGCCAAGAAGGCAGAUGGCAGUCCCCCAUUGAGUCUGUUCAAGGUUUCUACCUUUCAGGUGAAAGUUGUUUCUAAUUCAGCAAAUCUGUCUGGUGUUGUUGAAGGUUUCUGCCAGUUAAUUAAAGAGGUUUUUUUGUUUCAAUUUGACCAAUGCAGCAGAUGGUUGUCCAGCAAUUAAUCUGGUCCUUUUUAAGGUUUCUUCCUGGAAAAAAAAGAACGUUAUUUCUGAACAAGCCAAUGCGGCAGAUGGCUAUGUACUAAUGAGUCUAGUAUUGGUCAAGGUUUCUGUCUGUUUAAUGGGAGUGUUUUCUUGUCAGUGUUGCCAAGUGCUCUCCUGGAAUGGAUAUAUGUUGGGUCACUUUUACUCAUAUCAAGAAAAGCACUGUGCAAACCUGCCCUUUAUACAGAGAGUCAUGAGAGGCUUAGUGGUUCAUUUACUGAUUAAUACCUCCCAUCUGUGCUGACAUGGCCAUCAGAGUGUGGGUCAGUCUCACUGCCCAUUGCUGUACGAUCUGUGAAUGGAGAGGGUUGCUCAGCAGAGAAAGAACCCUCUAGAAAUUAUGUACAGUCCCCUUUUUUUUGUUCAGGAAUUUCACAGCCUCACAUUUCCACGCUUGAUCUUUGUAAAUGAGAUCCACCAGGGUACAUUGGCAACGAAGCCCAAGACACUAAGAGGAGAGACAGAGAAAGAGAGAACGAGGAAACAAUUUGACAAGAGGCAAAUUAGUCGAAGUGGAGGAAGAGGAGGCGCAAAAGGGAUGAAAAUGAGAAAAAGAGAGAGACAACGGGAGGAUCUCAUUCAUCUGACUUGGGCCAUUAGGGAGCAUAUUGGGCACUUUGUCUGAUCUGCCUGCCAGCUGAGUACUGGCCAACUGAUGCAGCACUCACAGAUGGUAACCCAGCACUUUGUGUACAUGCGUUUGUGUGUGUUCGCACGUGUGUGUGCGUGUGUCUACGAUGGAAAAGGAGACAGACAAGAGUUCUCCAACAGUAUCAAUUUCCUGUCACAGGUUCAGCAGAGCGUCUCGACUGACUACGAUGUUUAGCGCAGACAGACUAAACAUGACGCAUGGUUAGCAUAUGUUCACUCUCUGUUUAAGUGGUUAAAGAUAACACAACCUGGGAUGAAUGAACAUGUCAUAGAAAGGGGAAGAUGCAAUUGAAAAAGAAGGAUGGGAACCUAGAAUGAAUAAACAAUCAACAGACUGUGUCUUACCUACCCCACACUGAUCUGAAUUUCUCGGACCUGUCCCAUUUCCUCUCUCUCUGAUUUUUUCGUCAUUUUGUUCUUUUUUUUUGUUCUUUUCCAGAUGAUUACUUUGGGACAUGUUUGUGCGACACGGUUUCUCUUGUCUUGCAAAUGGAGCGAGGAAGUUGCUGUAAAAUAAGAUUUGAUGCUCUCAAAAAAAACACUGUCUUUUUCUUCUGAGUAGGAGUUCUAUAUUGUGUUAUGGCGGAAGCAAAAUUGCAAGCAAACAAAAAAAAAAAAGAAAAACAUGGCACAAAGAAAAAAAACUGUUGGCAGAAAAUACUUAUUUUUCCGUCUUUUUUUGCGUUUGUUUUAAGUCGGUGAAUCAACUUUGAUCGGAGUUUCAUUGAGUUUCUUUGGAUGUACUAAAAGCUUUAAAAAUAUCUGUAGAUUUUAUUGUACAGUGUGUAUGACUUUUAGAGCAUGUGAUUCUGUUUUCUUACUAUGCUAAAACACAAAGAGUACUCAAGCACAUGAACUUAACAAAAAUACACCUGUUUAAAGAAAAGAAGAAUUCAAAUGAGAUGUAUUUACAGGACUUUUUCUUCCCUUCCUCUACCUGACGGAGCAAAGAGGAGGAAUGUGACUCUCCCUUCAAGCACACGCCCAUUCAAACCCCACAGCACAACAAUGACUCUUUCAAGGAGGCACAACAUGAGAGAUACUUCAAACCUCUCGGCACGUUUGCUGCCUUGACAGACAUACAAACAGAAGACAUCUAGGCUUUGGAACGCCCCACUGCGCUGGGCGGCAAUUCUGAAUGUGUUGUUGAAAGGUGUCGCCCCAAGCUGACGGAGCGCUAACGUUUAGCACAAAGCUGACGAAACUUGAACUAAAUACCUCUAACGCUGGGACACCUGUGACUUUUUCUGUCAACACCGGUGCUUUGAAGGAUUGUGGCUUGUGUUUCCGCCGCACUCCGGCUGUGAACGUCACGCCUUUCGGUGGACGGACGCCGCCUCUUUUUCAACAUCAAAGCACAGACACAUGUGACGAGUACUUGCUGAUGUUAGUAUGGCACAGAAAAUGAAGUACGACUAAGUCGGAUGUUUAAAACAAGUUGUAUGUAAAAAAGGAGGCAUCAGUGGACAGAUUUGGAUCAUGUAUGAGAGUGGAUGCAAAUUUGUGUGAGUGUGUGUGCACAUGUGUGCGUCUACAAUGUCUGUGUGUGUACACAUAUAUGCACAUGCUUCGGUUUGUACAUGCCCAUGUGCAUGAGGCCAGACAACAGAGCGGGAGUGCGUCUCUCUGUGGAAUUUUUGAAGUCAUGUGAUGCUUAUGUACAACUUGCCUCCCCCCUAAUGUUUGUGUUGAUAACAGAGAGAUUUACAUAAUUAUAAAGAACUAUUACUUAUUGUGAUUGUGAACCCCCCAUAAGAGUGGACGCCACCUUCUGGUACUGUGUUGAACUGCGCUCGUACCCUAAAAAACCCAGAGUAGCCACUCCUAAAGAUCACCUUAACACAUUGUGCUCACUGUAUUUGAUAAUGCUAUGUUGCCCUCUUUGUUAUUUAAAUGUGAAGUAUUAUUUGCCAUGCCCCUCUGUGUGUUUUUGUUGAUUGAAUGCCUUUAUAGUCACUCUCUCUGCUGCAGCUUGCCAUGUCUCCGACGGAAGAGAUGAUGAAUGGGUGAAAUAAAAGGCUCUAAUCAUU